CUUUCUGGCCUCUGGGGAACAAUACUUUUCAAUAUUUGACAUUUCGUCCCACAAUAUAACCAAACAUUGAAAUUCGAUACCCAUCUCUCACCAAGGAAAUCUCUCUCUAUUUUCGCUCGGGAAAACCUCAUGUCAAGUUUGCUCUUUUGAAAGUGGAUGAUGCUAUAUUCAUUUCUGGGGUUGCUCAAGGAAUUGGUUUCUGCCUAGUGCAUGACCUUUGAGUUGAGCAACUAUUAUCACAAUGGUAACCUCUCACCGCAGGUUCACUGGGGUUUUCAAAAGAUCAAAUGACAGUGUCAGGCUAAUAAUAACAACAAUCAUGGGAAUGGUAUUUGGAUAUUUCAUUGGCAUUUCGUUUCCAUCUGUUUCUCUAGCAAAGAUUUCUUUUCCUUCGAGCAUUAUAUCGUCUCUUGAUGUAGCCUUCAAUGAUGAUCAUCAAAGACUUAGUGGACGUAGUUUUCCUGAAAAUCUUGGCAGUAUCCCUUUAACACCUAAGAUAUAUGUUCCGACAAAUCCUCGUGGUGCAGAGUCUUUACCACCAGGGAUCGUGGUCGCCGAAUCAGAUUUCUAUCUACGAAGGUUGUGGGGUGAGCCAAGUGAGGAUCUGAGGAAUAAGCCAAAGUAUUUGGUGACAUUUACAGUUGGUUUGGAUCAAAAGAACAACAUUGAUGCCUGCGUUAAAAAGUUUUCAGAGGAUUUUCAAAUUUUGCUUUUUCAUUACGAUGGUCGAACGAGUGAAUGGGAUCAGUUCGAAUGGUCCAAGCGUGCAGUUCAUAUCAGUAUUAGGAAGCAGACAAAAUGGUGGUAUGCAAAGAGGUUUUUGCAUCCUGAUGUCGUAGCUGCCUAUGAUUAUAUAUUUAUCUGGGACGAAGAUCUGGGGGUUGAACAUUUCAAUGCAGAGAAGUAUAUUCAGCUAGUUAAGAAACAUGGACUAGAGAUCUCUCAGCCAGGUCUUGAACCCAACAAUGGUCUAACAUGGCAGAUGACAAAGAGGAGAGGUGAUAGAGAAGUUCACAAGAGUACAGAGGAGAAACCAGGCUGGUGCAGUGAUCAACGGUUACCUCCUUGUGCAGCUUUUGUGGAAAUAAUGGCUCCUGUAUUUUCUCGAGAAGCAUGGCGAUGUGUUUGGCAUUUGAUUCAGAAUGAUUUGGUGCAUGGAUGGGGAUUGGAUUUCGCUCUCAGAAGAUGUGUAGAGCCUGCGCAUGAAAAAAUUGGUGUAGUGGAUUCACAAUGGAUAGUGCAUCAAGUUAUUCCUUCCCUUGGAAGUCAGGGUAGCUCGGAGAAUGGUAAAGCCCCUUGGGAAGGGGUAAGAGUGAGGUGCAGAAAUGAGUGGACAAUGUUUCAGGAUCGAUUAGCCAAUGCGGAUAAGGCAUAUUAUGCACAAAAUGGGAAAACCAGAGUAUAACAUGUGACCUACAACUUGUUUGUAAAUUGCUUCUUUUACCCUUUUUUACUCCUGUUUUAGGUAAGCCUAAUUCAUUUUGCCAGUAUUUCUUUAUAAAUAUUUGCUUUACUAUAGAGCAGCCAUAUUUCUGUAGACCGUGGACCGUAAACAGUAAGACAUUGGAACACCUCCUGUGCAUAGAUGAUACUACAUGAAAUCUUAUAUAGCCCAUGAUCGUUGUUUACCUUCA